AUGAAAAAUAAUUUAAUAGAUCGAUUUCGACGUUCAAGUUCCUAUAUAGAAGUAUUAUCAAGAGAAAGAAUAGGACGUUUGAAACGUGGAUUUUCUUUAGAAACAUCAUCACUAGGAAAUGAUGAUGUUAUUAAUAGUUUUCAAAAUGAACAGUUAAGCCAAGUAAUUAAUAAACUAAAAAAAGAAAAUGAACAUUUACGUUUGGAAAAUUUACUUUAUUCACGAUAUUUACGACGUGUUAAUAGUUCAAAUGUUAUGGAAACAUAUGAUCAAUAUGCAAGUGAAAAUAAAAUUAUUCAAAAAGAAUUAUCUAUUAAUUCAAAUAAAAAUGUUGUUCAUAGUAGAUUACCUAAAAUAGCAAGACGUUUAUCUCUGGAAAAAAGCUUGGCUGGUACAUCUAAAGCAAAAUCAUUAUGGAAUAAAUUAAUAACGAAUUCACAUGAAGCUAUUAAUACAGUACGUCUUUUACGUAUUGAACAAGAAAAAUUAUCGAUUGCUGCAUAUGAAAUUGAACAUACACGAUUAGAUUGGGAAAGAAUGAAAGUUAAUUGUGUUUUAGAAUUAGAUCAAUUGGAAGUUCUUCUUCGAACUACUGAAUCUAAUGAAAAUACUGAAGAAAAACUCAAUAGCGAUUUAAAAAAAUAUAUCAAUAAAUUUCGAUAUGAUUUCAGUAAUGCCAAAUUAAAUAAUAAACGUUUACAUGUUCCAGCUGAUGUUCUUAUCAAUCGUAUUGAUAAACAGAUACAAGCACAUAAACGUUUAAUUGCUUUUUUAAAUAUUGAAACUGAAUGUGCAGAAGUUCGUAUUCGAACACUUGAUGCAAUUAUACAAGAUUUAGAUAACUUACAUGAAAAAACAGAUGAAACUGAUCUUCAUUUUGUUCGCACAAAACAUAUUGAUUAUUUAAAUAAAUAUAAAAAACUUGAAAGACAAUAUACAAUGGAUAAAUCAUUACAAUAUCCAUUAUAUCAUGAUUUACAAGAAUGGAAAAACGAAUUAUCUAAACAAGAACAAUUGAUAAUUGAUGAUCAAUAUAAAUGUGAACUAUUAGAAAAUCAUUUAGAACAAAUUAAUAAUGAAAUUUCUUCUAUUAAUUAUGAAAAUGAAUUAAUUUUAAAAGAAAAUAAUUUUUUAAAUAAACAAAUAGCUGAUAUUAAAAAAGUACCAACAAUUACUGAGUAUGCCUAUACUAUAGAACAAACAAAAAAAUUAAAACAUGAAAUUGAUAUUUGGACACAAAGAGUAAAUAUUGCUCAAGUAAGUUUUCAUAUAUAUAUAAAAUCAAGUUUCUUUUUUGUGAAACAUGAUCGAAAUGUGUACUGA